AUGGACUUCCUAAACCAAAUAAAAAAACGACAAAAGGAAAUAAAAUUAUCGAAUAUUUUAAACUUUUCACCAAUAACAAAUGAAGAGAAGAAUCAUUUAAUAAAAAUAUACGGUCUUUUGGCUAUUGGAACGAUAAUAACUGCUUUGAGCUGUUAUGUUGACUUGCAUUUUGUGAAAGUCCCAAGAUUUAUAGCAUCCAUUAUUAGUUUAUGUUGUUCUUUUGCCUUGGCGGCAUCAUGUAAUUAUUCUCAUUACAGUAAUAACUUACUUGCAACAUCAAAGAAGAGAUUGCUUUAUUUUGCUGGUAUAUCAUCAUCUAUUGGAAUUUUGAUGAGUGAUUAUAUUGCAUAUGUUAAUUAUUUGAACCCGUCUAUUCUUCCGCUAGCAUUUUUUGGCAGUUUAUCCAUAUUUACCUGCUUUUCCUUGUCUGCCAUAUUUUCAAAAAACAGAAUUUCGAUCUUUCUUGGAGCAGUAUUAUCUGCAGUAUGUUCCUAUGUAACCCUACUUUCUUUUAUGAAUUUUUUCAUAAGGUCAAAAUACAUUGACGCCACCUUAUUGUAUGUAGGAUUCUUUAUGUAUAUGGGAUUUGUGUUGUUUGAUACCCAAAUUACUUUGCUUGAUUUUCGUAGAGGAAACAAAGAUUAUAUAAUGCAUUCUUUAUGUCUAUAUUUAGAUUUAGUUGGGUUAUUUACGCAUUUGUUGAGAAUAUUAGGUCAAAAAGAAGAGAAAAAAAAGAAAUAA